GUGACGAUGAUGAUGUUCUACCGAUAAAAAUCACGUCCUUUAGAGGUACCUUGCGCAUACAUCUGAAGCCCCCUCCGUCGGAUCAACUCUGGUAUGGAUUCACAUCUAUGCCUGAACUGGAGUGGGACUUGGAAUCUUCCGUCGGAGACAGGAAAAUUACCAACAGUCGCAUCGCGUCAUUUAUAGGUAACAGAAUCAAGGUUUCGCUCCGUGAUAGCUUGGUGCUUCCAAACUGUGAAUGCAUUUCCAUUCCAGGGAUGCUGGCAGAGAAGGACGACUGGGUGCCCCGCAAGGAGGGACCUUAUAUCUGGCUCAACCACGAACCCACCGAGGCCAAAAGCCAUGUCGCAGCCGCCACACCAACCCAUCCUGAGGAAGCUGGUCCCAAGGACGAUGCCAUCAGCAAAAGCAGAGCACCAAGUCUGCCUGCUUCCUCAGCCGGGAGUGAGGAAUCACUGAAAUCCAUUGACGAGUCAACCGAAGACCCUCUUUCCGCAGAAGCAUCCCACACAGAGUCUCGCCUGGUUGAAACCGCCUCUCCUUCACACCCCGACGCUGCCGACGAACCGAGGAAACCGCUGCUGGUCACGGAGAAGCUCCAGGCAGACUCAUCGGAGAGCAGGGCGGGAUCCCCACCGUACACCUCCCUGAGGGCCAUCAUACCCGCGGGGGAACAGCAGCAGCAGCAGCAGGCGGUGGCGGCAGCAGCGGGCUCUGUUGGAGAUGAUGCGAAGCGGAAGAGCGGGAGGCGGAGCCGGAUGAUGGACCUGGGGAAGAAGAUGGGGGACAAGCUGGAGGAGAAGCGGCGGCAGGUGGAGGAGAAGGGCCGGCACAUCGUCGAGAAGAUGCGGGAGAACGCGAGGACCAACAGCAUGGAGAGAACCACCUCCGCGUAGUUAAUUAGCGGGGAGCAGCAAGUUCGGUCAGUCGUGCUCUGUCGAUUCUCUUUUCGAUCGGGAAAUCUGUGUAUGGUAGCUGAGCUGAAUCAUUCCAGAUGCAUGUCACACAUGUACAAAUGUUGAUUGACAAUGAACAUCUAGGCAGAACCAGCUAGGACAAUGUGUACCCUUAGCUUACUGAACUUUUGUAAUGUCAUACUGAACUCAGGUGUUUCAGUAGUACCUGAGUGGCAAUUACCAUACUGAACUUUUGUAAUGUCAAAUUAAUGGCGUUUCAGUAGUACAUGAGUGACAUUACAUUGUCUACCAAGUUGAUGAGGUUCGGGAAUCAUCUAGGCAGAACCAUCUAUAAUGAAGCAUUCUUCUGAACAAAUGGUAACAAGUUGAUGAGGUUCA